AUGCGAACCAGCAGCGUGGCGUGCGGCAUCAAGGGCGUGCUCCCGUACGUGCGCCACGUCGCGCCGCACUGCCUGGUGCCUGUGCAGCUCGCCGAACUCGCGCACGCGCGGAUCGCCAUCGACGCGACGCUCCUCACGCAGCGCCUCUUUUAUCGCGACAGCCCCGACGCCAGCCGCUACCUGGCCGGCUUCCGCGACGUGACAGAGCGCCUGCGUGCAGCCAAGUGCGUGCCGAUCUUUGUGUUUGACCACCUGCACGCGCGCCUGCCGCAGAAAGCGCGCGAACACGCCCGACGGCGCGCCGCACACCGCCUGGCCACCGCGCGCUACGCGCAUGAGCAGCAGCGCACGGCGCGCUUGCAGGAGCUGUGCACGCACCUCGCGACGUUCCAGCAGCUUAGCCGCGGCGAUCAGGCGCAUACCUGCGCGCUCUUCCGGCUGCACAGGCGCGCUCGGCGCCGCGGAGGCGCCCACGCCGAGCGGCGGGCCCCGGGGCCCCUCGCGCUCUCCGACGCCGAGCAUGCGCGCAUCCUGCAGCUGCUGCCCGCCGCGGCCCUCGGCGAUGACGCGCACGCGCCGUUCACACACGAUGCAUACGUGGCCGUCGACGGCCCGCCCGCCGCGGCCGCGCUGCCAUGGGCCGUGUCGGACCACGCAGAGAUGGACGAGGCGCCUCGUGUGUGGCAAGUCGAGCCCCUAGCGACGCCGCCAGCGCUCGCUCAGGCCCUGUGGACGCAGCAGGUCGCCCACCAGGCCGCGCAGCGCGACGCCGUGCAGGAGACGCUCUCGCAGUGCCAUGCGACGCAUGCCGAGGCGUUCAUCUAUGAUACCCUGGCGCAGGGCCCCGGCGCCGAUGGCCAGCUGGCGUGCGAUGCACAGAGCUGGCACACCAUCUGCCAGGCCCUGCUCAAAAGUGCCCUGCCGCCCAUGCCGCUCGGCACGGACGACGCAUGGGACGCGCACGCGGCGGCGCUGCACCUGCGCGCCUUCAACGCGCACCUCGUCGCCGUGUACCGCCGCGCCUCGCGCCUCGUGCCGGAGGGGGCAUACGCCGAGUGCAUGCAGCUGUGCCGGCAGCUCGGGGCGCCCGUCUUUGUCACCGGCGACGGCACACCGACCGGCGGCGCCAUCCACGAGGCGGAGGCGUUCGCCAGUGCGCUCGUGCGCGAGGGCUACGCGGAUAUGGUCGCUAGCGAAGACACAGACGUACUGCUGUACGAUGCGCCGCUGCUCCGCGGCCUCUCGAGCAUGGCCCUCGAGCUCGUCGAUCCCCGCGCCAUCCGCGCCGCCCUCUUCCCGGACGCGCCACCCAGCCAGCGCGCGGCGCGCAUGGUGCAGUUCGCCCUGCUGUGUGGCACGGACUUUAACCGCACGAUCCCCGGCAUCGCCGCCAAAAACGCCCAUCGCCUCGUGACCCUAUUUCACACGGCCGCGCAUAUCCUCGAGGCGCACGACUCGCGCUUCUUCCCGCCCGAGAACCUCACCAGGAGCGCGUACCUCGCCGAGCUCGAGCAGGCCGCCCACAUCUUUGCGAACCCGCCCGAAGUGCGCGCAGCCGCGGAAGCCGCCGGCCUCGCGACCUCGCGCGCGGCGCUCAGCCAGACCGGCCCCGCAGGACGCGCGGCUCGUGCCGCAGCCGCGCCGCCAGCCGCGCUCGAGGUACCGACAUGGGCGACCAGUGCACCUGCUUGA